AAGAAGUAAAUACUGCUUUAUUUGAAUAAAUCCAUCCCCAAACCUCAUCUCUUCCUUAACGAACUCCAUUUCUAUCCAUUUCUCCUCGCACCCGCCGUCGCACAAUGAUCACCGCCGCCUUGAUAUCGAAGCGAAACCCGCAAGGCUCGACAUCGGAGAACAAGUGGCGGACCGGCGCUCGAGAGCGAGCCUACCGCCGCCGGCUCCUCGAGGCCCUCUGCCGCGCCCGCGGAGGGAGCGCAUCCGGCCCCCGCGCAGUAAAGGAGGCAGCGGACUCCGCCCUCGCCCUCAUCGCCCGUGGCCGGUCCCGCUGGAGCCGCGCCAUUCUGUUCGGCCGCCGCGGCGGCAAUCUCCUCCUCAAGGCCCGCGGCAGUGUUUUGGUCCGCCGAGGGAGGCCACGGAUGGUAGCGGCGCCUCGGCCGGAGGGGAAGAGAGUGAGGGACAACCUGCGGACGCUCCGCUGGCUGGUGCCUGGGUGCCGGAAGGUGUCGACGUCAAGCCUCCUGAAGGAGUCGGCGGACUACGUGGCGGCGCUGGAGAUGCAGGUGAAGGCUAUGCUAGGGCUCUUCGGCGUCUAGCCUCCUGAAGGAGGCCGCAGACUACGUGGCGGCGCUGGAGAUGCAGGUGAAAGCUAAUCGCGCGAUCGUUGACGCCCGGGGCUGCGGUCGAGGGCGGCUACCCGGAGACGUUAUAUAUAUAUAUAUAUAUAUAUAUAUAUAUAUAUAUAUAUAUAUAUAUAUAUAUAUGGCUCUACAAAUUAGCCCAGUAAAAGAAGUAUAUAAAUUUGUAGAGCGCGUGGAUUAACAGUAAUGUCUUGAGAAGUGAUAAUGUCAAAUAAUAUAAAAUAUGGCAUACUGGUAUUUUGUGUUA